AUGCCGCCGAACGGAUUCGAGCCUGGGACUUAUGGGCGCAACUCUCACAUUCCAGCACGUGCCGCGCUCGGAAGUCCAAGACAUUUGACUGAGGUGGAAACCCGCGUGCGAAUGCUGGAGACAGCUCUGGAUAGACUGUUCCCUGCCGGAGAAAUCGACUCCAUCCUUCGGCUGGUCCUUGAUGACGAUCUGCCUCGAAGCCAUGAUUCCCGACCGGAUGAAUUAUCUACGAAGGCAUAUUCCCGGGGUGAUUUGACGUUCAGUUCAACUAGUGACAGGUCGUCUUCAGAAGGUGCCACUGAGCCGCUCUCCGCCGCAGGCAGCACUGAGAUCGACACUCUCCUUGAUGCCUUUAAUCAACCCAUCAGACUGGCUGAGACAACACCUGGAGUGGACGAAUCGCAGCUGAUCGAUAACUAUUUUUGCACUUACCACCCAAUCUACCCAUUCGUGCAAGAGGCGACCUUUCGAUCUGAGCAUAGAAACCCUGUGCUACGCGCUCAUCCGCGCGUCUGGCCCAUUCUUGCGGACACAGUCAUGGCAUUCGGCGCGUGGCUGAGUUCGGACAGGUCUCUGGGCAUUCAUUCGAGAUACUACAUCAGGGCGAAGGAGCGUCUACGGCACGAGCCCAUUUUCGGCACGACAGGAAAUCUAUGCUUGGUGCAGGCCCUGUUAUUGCUGAGUGACUUCUCCCAGAGACAGGGGAGUCCCGUGGAAAGCCAGCAGUACCUGGGAUGGGCAAUGCAGAUGGCAAUUAAUCUCAAUCUUCACCGUGAACCAACGGACGCGAAUCCUCCGCCCUCUCCUUUAUCUCACGAAAUUCAGCGGCGAGUAUGGUGGUCUGUCUACUGUUUCGAGAGUUGUUCGGCCAAGAUCUGCGGCCGCCCGUUACUCCUUCCAGAAGACGAUUUGAUUACAGUCCAGUUUCCCUCGAACCUGAAUGACUCCGACUUGCUGCCGUCAUCAAGGACGUGGCCUGUAGAGGUAGAUGGACCGACGAUUUAUUUGGGCUUGAUCCAGCAAUCGAGCUAUCACCGCAUGGCUAACAGUAUAUAUCGCGGGCUGCUAGCCAAGUCAAGCGUAACAUGGCAGGAUGUCCAUGCCCUUAAGAAACAGAUUGACGACUGGCAUAUCGCAUUCCCGUACUGCACGCAGAAUUGCAACGUAGAUCCCGUCCCUGAUUGGCACAUUGCGACGCGCUGUCGGCAGACUCUCUGCGACAGGAGCCUAAAAUUACUCAUCCAAAGACCCCUUCUCCUUCGCUGGAUGAAAAUGAGAUGUCAUACCAAUCGGGAGCCCGCGAGGGAGGAACUCUCUGCGGAACGAGCUUGUCGGAUGGAAGGGCUCCAUGCUGCGCAAACAACCAUUGAAAUGAUAUCAGACAUGUUAAAGAGAAAGCAGUACUCGGUUCUUAAUCUCCCUUUCAUCCUAUACGCAUUAUUCCACGCAGUUCUAGUCCCCGCGAUUCACCUUAAAGCGGACCCCUCCUCACUAGAGUCAAUAUCUUGCCUUCAAGAUAUUGCAAUGGUUGGGCAGAUCAUGGAUUUUGUGCCUGUUGACAACGAUGCUCUGGUCUCAUCAUUUUCGUUCGUGUUGGAUCGCCUCUGCUCGCUUGCUCUGGAAACCAAGCCCCCUGCUGAACUUGCUCGAACAUCUUACGCAUAUGGUUCGCCACAUAACUUCCAACUCCCGUUGCGUAACAUCUUUGGAAACGACGAGUUGAAGAUUCUAGAGAGUGAGGCUGCCACCAACCAACCCUCUGUCAACUUUUCCGAAUGGCUACAAUAG